CCUACCUUUCCUACUUAUCCAUUGCUUGUACACAUCGGAGGCGACUGUGGUGGCUUCUGGGCAGCCAGGAUCGUUCUGCGGCAUGAAUUCAAACGUUGAGAACUUGCCCCCACAUAUAAUUCGCCAGGUCUACAAAGAGGUCUCUACGCUGACGUCUGACCCUCCAGAAGGCAUAAAGAUCAUCCCCAAUGAAGAGGAUAUAACGGAUGUACAAGUCAGCAUCGAAGGGCCAGAAGGGACUCCAUAUGCAGGAGGGAUUUUCAGAAUGAAGUUGAUCCUGGGCAAAGAUUUUCCGGCCGCCCCUCCCAAAGGAUACUUCCUUACCAAAAUAUUUCAUCCGAAUGUCAGCAACAAUGGAGAAAUCUGUGUUAAUAUUUUAAAGAAGGACUGGAAAGCGGAACUUGGCAUCAGACACGUGUUACUGACCAUAAAGUGUUUGUUAAUUCAUCCCAACCCCGAAUCGGCGCUGAACGAAGAGGCCGGGCGCCUGUUACUGGAGAACUAUGAAGAGUAUGCGUCCCGCGCAAGACUUAUGACUGAAAUUCAUGCCCAGGGCUCCUCUUUAAGGGGCAAGGACGCAACGGACCCCUGCUCGUCCGCAUCAGCCGGAGUGGUGGGGGAUGGGCCCAUGGCCAAGAAACAUGCUGGAGAUCGUGACAAGAAACUGGCAGCAAAAAAGAAAACAGACAAAAAGCGAGCUUUGAGGCGACUUUAAGUGGAGGAGGGGCAGGGCUGAGGUGACGAGUGAACUUUUAAACCAGGUAGGGAAGGGACCGUGCAAGAAAGUCUGGGAAAGUAAUAAAUCCAUAUCCUGUCUUUUUUCUUUUUUUUUUUUUUCCCCGUUCUUUCUUUUGUUUUGUUUUUUAAAGCCUGCUUUUGUUCGUUUUUUUUUUUUCAAUCUAAGUUAUUUAAAUUAUAAAUCUAUUAAAAUUCAUUUUUUCGUA